UUAUAAUAUUUUCGCUUAGUGAUUCAUUCAAUAGUAUUUUCUAGUUAGAAUUAGAAGUGUUUAAAGUAUAUUCAUUGCAUGUAAAAUAUAUCGGCAUGCGAUGACGUCACAUCCGGUUUCGCCGCGUCUUGUGGGAAAACACCGGUUUGAAAUUAGCGCGAGGGUGGGGGCUUUCCACGAGGCUCACCUGAGCAGAAGCAGUUUUGCAGGCAUGAGAAAUCACAGUGAGAGCAACGCUUUUUCACCAUAUGUUAAUGUGAAGAGUGAACAGUAAAUGGUUAAUCUUACUGCGAUCUGGUUCUUAUUAACUGUGGUUUAUCCGGACGUUAAAUUCGGCGUUUCGUUACACCCGAAGGAGAACGUGACAGUGAAAAAGCGGCAUUAUCAGGUGUUUCAAGUGCUGCAAUGUCAGCUCAAUCCAGCAUCAAGUCGAUGGCGCCCAGCGACAAGGGCAGUAGAACGACAUCAAGUAAGUCCGCACAGGCAAGAGCCAAGGCAGAAGCCGCCAAGGUGCGACUGCAUUACGCCAGACAAGAAGCAGUUUUGAAAAUGAAACUGGCCACCAGAGAAGCCGAAAUCCAGAAAGAAAAGGCUGCCAGAGAAGCCGAAAUCCAGAAAGAAAGGGCCGCCAGAGAAGCCGAAAGGGCCGCCAGAGAAGCCGAAAUCCAGAAAGAAAGGGCCGCCAGAGAAGCCGAAAUCCAGAAAGAAAGGGCCGCCAGAGAAGCCGAAAGGGCCGCCAGAGAAGCCGAAAUCCAGAAGGAAAAGGCCGCCAGACAAAGGAAAGCGGCCGCCCGAGAAGCCAAAACCCAGUUGGAAAUGGCAAAAAUAUCGACAGAGUUGCAAGUGCUGCAGCUAGAAAGAGAAGAAGCUGCUGCCAUGGCGGAAGCAAAGUACAUAGAAGAAGCUGAAGGGUCGCGUGAUCUGACCGAAGCAAGAUCUACUUUAGAAAGGACCAGACUGGAACGCACAAGCGACUAUGUACAAUAUCAAAUAGACAGGCAGGCUCGUCUCCCCUCUCCAUACGUAUUCGAUAACUUCCCCAGCUACGAGGAACCUCAGAGAGUCACGAUUGCAUCACAUCCAUACGAGGAAGGAAAUUUACCCUCACGGCUCCGUGAUGAAGUCAAGAAUGAAAGAACCGACAACGCUCCUUCACCCCCACAACAGGACGGCGGGGAGGGAGAGGUUCACUCCAGGACAACAAUUGUCAGCUCGAACUGUACAGAAGUUUGCGGUCAAACUCAGUCAAGCCGUUCUUGUUCCGAGAUCUGCCUCACUGAGGUGUACCCUAAAGAAGCACAACAAGACAUUACCAAGCGUAAAGUAACCGACGAGACGCUAGGUCAGUCAGUUUUCGUUCAAACCGAGCACGGAAACAAACUUGCACAAUCAGCUCAAGAUACCAUUUCUUUAAAACCCAAAGACACCAAGGUCUUCAGAGAUGAAGCAAAUAAUGGGGUUGCCCCAUUGCCAAUCAGAGAACCACGCCAGCGCUCACCAGAUAACAAAGAGCAGGCAGUCAAACGGUUCACGUCCUUACGGAAAACCUGGAAAAGGAAACCUGAGAUACAGCAUCGCACCCGAUUGGCCCACGAGGUACUGUGCACCCUAAUGGCAGAGGUCACAGCCAUUAUAAACGCACAAUCAUUCCUACCUGUGUCUUCUGACCCAGAAAACCCCUUUAUACUUUCGCUAUCAACGCUCCUUACGCAGAAGGCAGGAGCACCUCCUCCACCAGGAGACUUUUCAGACAAGGAUUUGUACACAAAGCAAUGGAGACAAGUCCAGGCUCUGGCAAAUCAGUUCUGGCCUCGCUGGAGACAAAAAUAUCUACCUUUGUUGCAACAGAGACAAAAGUGGACAGAACCCCGAAGGAAUCUUCAAGUUGAAGACUUAGUCCUGCUCAGGGACAAGCAAGCCACCCGCAACAGCUGGCCAACGGCCAGAAUCACUGCUACAUUCCCUAGCGGGGAUGGACAUGUCAGGAAGAUCGAAUUGAAGACUACCGACCAAGGCGAUGUGAAAAUUUACCAAGGGCCGGUUACAGAAGUUAUUCUACUUCUACCCAAUGACUGAUUAAGAGACUAAGUUUUGUACUCUGCUCAUUGUGACCUUACGAAGGUCAAGCGGGGAGUGUGCUGUCUUUACGACAGUUAUUUAGUUUAUAAUAUUUUCGCUUAGUGAUUCAUUCAAUAGUAUUUUCUAGUUAGAAUUAGAAGUGUUUAAAGUAUAUUCAUUGCAUGUAAAAUAUAUCGGCAUGCGAUGACGUCACAUCCGGUUUCGCCGCGUCUUGUGGGAAAACACCGGUUUGAAAUCAGCGCGAGGGUGGGGGCUUUCCACGAGGCUCACCUGAGCACAAGCAGUUUUGCAGGCAUGAGAAAUCACAGUGAGAGCAACGCUGUAAGUUAAUAGAUAAUCGAUAUAUUGAACUAAGAUGUUAAUAGUGAUCCUGUUAGAGGUAACGUCGGUAGAUAAUGUUUAUGCUUUCGUUAGUUAAAGAGUCGCGGAUAGUUUGCAUGGAAGUGUAUUUAAAGUAGUCAAUGGAGCAGGUAAACUCUCCCUGUAUACUGCACCUUAGUGUAAUGUAGUUAUAGUCACCUUUGCAAGUAUUUACACUUGAAAUGUGAUAUUAAGGAAGGAACAAAUACUGUAUCAAUCUUGUAUUGUUUUAUCAACAGUUUUCACCAUAUGUUAAUGUGAAGAGUGAACAGUAAAUGGUUAAUCUUACUGCGAUCUGGUUCUUAUUAACUGUGGUUUAUCCGGACGUUAAAUUCGGCGUUUCGUUACACCCGAAGGAGAACGUGACAGAGAGAGAGAGAGGAGUGAGAGAGAAGUGA